GAAAAAAGAAGUAGAAGGGAGGAUAUAUUGCCCCACACCCACGGCUAGUCAAGGAUUUGACAGCAGGCCAAUGUGCCUCAUGACCAUAACUAAACUUAACCGUUUAUCCUUGCUGCCAAGACCUCUAGGACAACCUCAGACAUUAACUCAAAACAUCCAAGCAAUAGUUGAUCAAAUAAAAAAAUGUUCCAAGUUAAACCAACUAGAAAGAAUAUAUGCCACCGUGAUCAAAACAAAUGCAAACCAAGACUGUUUCUUGACGAACCAAUUCGUCAGUGCAUGCACCAUUUUUUGCCGCAUGGAUUAUGCAAUUCUAGCCUUUUCCCAAAUGCAAAAACCCAAUGUUUUUGUCUAUAAUGCAUUAAUUAAAGGCCAUGUUCAUUGCCAUCACCCUUUCCAAGCUUUAGAUUAUUACAAACAUAUGCUGAGAGCUGGAGUUUGGCCCACAAGCUUCACGUUUUCUUCAUUAGUUAAGUCUUGUGGUUUGGUUUCUGAAUUUGGGUUCGGAGAAAGUGUUCAUUGCCAUGUUUGGAAAAAUGGGUUUGAGUCACAUGUCUUUGUUCAAACUGCUUUAGUUGAUUUUUAUGCAAAUGUUGGAAAAAUCGUUGAAUCGAAAAGGGUGUUUGAUGAAAUGCCUGAAAGAGAUGUUUUUGCCUGGACAACUAUGGUUUCGGGUUUCUUGAAGGCUGGGGAUUUGGGUUCUUCGAGGAGAUUAUUUGAUGAGAUGCCUGAAAGGAAUACUGCCACGUGGAAUGCUAUGAUUGAUGGGUAUGCAAGAGUAGGGGAUGUGGAGUCAGCUGAGUUAUUUUUUAAUCAAAUGCCUGUAAAGGACGUAAUUUCUUGGACUACAAUGAUCAACUGUUAUUCUCAGAACAAGCUAUUCGGAGAAGCAUUAGCUGUUUUUGAGGAAAUGAGAAGAAAUAAGGUUAGUCCAGAUGAAGUGACCAUGGCAAGUUGUAUUUCAGCUUGUGCUCAUCUUGGAGCACUUGAUACAGGAAAACAAAUACAUCAUUAUGUAAUGGAAAAUGGAUUUAAUCUUGAUGUCUAUAUAGGGUCUGCAUUAAUUGAUAUGUAUGCAAAAUGUGGGAGUUUAGAGAAGUCGCUUUUGGUGUUCUUUAAAUUAAGAGAGAAAAAUCUGUUUUGUUGGAAUUCGGUAAUUGAAGGGCUUGCAGUUCAUGGUCAUGCAAUAGAAGCACUGGCAAUGUUUGACAGGAUGGAGAGGCGGCAUGUCAAACCAAAUGGGGUUACUUUUGUUAGUAUUCUUAGUGCCUGCACUCAUGCAGGACUUGUUGAAGAAGGCCGUCAGAGGUUUUUAAGCAUGACUCGUGAUUAUUCAAUCCCCCCUGGAGUUGAACACUAUGGAUGUAUGGUUGAUCUAUUGAGCAAAGCUGGGUUGCUUGAAGAUGCACUAUUCUUGAUAAGGAGCAUGAAGUUGGAACCAAAUUCUGUUAUUUGGGGUUCAUUGUUAGGUGGGUGUAAGCUUCAUAAGAAUUUGGAGAUUGCUCAGGUUGCUGUGGAUGAACUGAUGGUUUUAGAGCCAUACAGUAGUGGCUAUUACACCCUUUUGGUUAACAUGUAUGCUGAAGUUAAUCGAUGGGGCCAGGUUGCAAACGUCAGGCAUAUGAUAAGAGAAUUAGGCGUAGAAAAGAGGUGUCCUGGGUCCAGUUGGAUUGAAAUGGAGAACAAAAUUCAUCAGUUUGCUGCAUCUGAUAAGUCCCACCUGGCUUCAGAUGAGAUAUACUUGAUUCUGGCUGAAUUAAAUGUGCAGCUGAAACUAGCUGGCUAUGUACCUGAACUUGGUUCUAUACUAUAGAAGUUUAGAAUUCUUGAGAGGAAAUGACAUGUAAAACCAACUGCAGCUUGUGAAAGUUCAUGUGCCAUGUGCAUCUAGCUCCAACAUGUUGUUUGAGGAAUGUAGUCAUUUUCUUGAGAUAUUGGAGGCCAUCAGAAGCUUGGGCCUGACAAUUUUGAAAGGGGUUACAGAAGCACAUGGUGAGAAGACUUGAU